AUGGAGAAAGCACUCGCUAUCAGAAAAGCUCUUGGCAACAGAGAUGGAGAAGCAUCAAGCUACGGAGAGUUAGGAACAUUGUUCCAUCCGCUUGGUCAAUACGACAAGGCCCGCGAGUAUAUGGAGAAAGCACUCGCUAUCAAUAAAGCUCUUGGCAACAGAGAUGGCGAAGCAACAAGCUAUGGAAACUUAGGAACAUUGUUCCAAUCGCUUGGUCAAUACGAAAAGGCGCAAGAGUAUCUGGAGAAAGCACUCGCUAUCAAAAAAGCUCUUGGCAGCAGAGAUGGAGAAGCAGCGCGAGAGUAUCUGAAGAAAGCACUCGAUAUCAAAAAAGCUGUUGGCGACAGAGGUGGAGAAGCAACAAUCUACGGAACCUUAUCGGCACUUUAUCUGCCUCUCGGUAAAUUUGGGGAGGCUGACAAAUGUCUUGAAAGAGCAAUGGCAAUUAGAAUGAAAGUCGUUGACCGAAUAGGAGAAGUGAGUGAUUUAACAAAUCUUGGAAUAGUCGCUCAUCAGCGUGGUUUGUAUGAGAGGUCUAAGGAAUAUCACGAAAGAGCACUUGCAAUUUCGAUAGAGGCUGGCAGGAGAGAAGGAGAGGUAGUCAGUUACAUGAACUUGGGAUCAUGUUUCCACUCCAUUGGUAAAUAUGACAUGGCCGAAAAAUACUUGAGGAAGGGCCUCCGACUCAGUAGAGAUAUUAGAGACAUUUUGAACGAGUUCAAAUGCCUUUGUCAGCUAACGAUGUUGAAAGUAUCAGAAUUUGAUUUUAAAGCCGUGUUUUUGUACCUAUUUCAAAGCAUUGAAAAGUUCGACACUUUACGAGGUUCCCUUAAAGAAAACGAUGAGCUUCAAACGUCACUUUUAGAGGAGCACGGUACCCAUCCCUACAAGAUGCUCAGUCGGUUGCUUUCUUCCACUGCGAAGCCCGAAGACGCUCUUUAUGUCGAGGAACUAAGACGGGCAAGAGGCUUGGCCGACUUGAUGGCGACUCAAUACUCUUUAAAAGAACAGAUUACAGGCAGUCGAGAAACGUGGUGUGGCAUUCAGAAUGUUAUUCCAAGAGAAGGAGACUGUGCAUGCUUGUAUAUUUCGAUUGAUGAAGAAUUUGUUCGGUUUUGGGUUCUCAAAGCAACGAGAGCCAUUCUUUAA